AUGGCCCAGUUCGUAGUAGGGGACUAUGUCCUCUACCAGGCCGUAUGGGCGCACUUGCGCCAGAAGUUGCGGACUAAGUGGUGCGGCCCAGCCGUCGUCACCAAGGUGGCUAGCAACUGGGUGUACGACAUCGAGAAUCUGCUGACUCACGACUUCCGCCGUGUCCACGCCAGCCGCCUGAAGUUCUACGCAGACUGUGACUUGGACGUGACGUCCGAGCUGCUCACCCACGUCGCCCACAACUCAGAAGGUUUCGAGGAGGAGACAAUGGAGGAAGCGCGGUACGUCCCCACAACCAAAAUGUACGAGCUGUUGAUCAAGUGGCGCGGGCUCCAAGACGUGGAGAAUUCAUGGGAGCCUGCCGACAACACCUUCGCCGAUGUACCCGUGAUGUUCAAGGCGUUCUGCAAGGCGGCCAAGUUGCCGUAA